UGUUUCGCGGCCAAUUCGUUCAAAUCUUUCCUUUUCUUUAUUUGUUUUUUUGUUUUUCCUUUACUUACUGUCGCCUUGUCUUUUCCUUUUCAUUUGGAAAAAACAAAAAAAAGUUGGUAGUACGGCGUAUAUGUAUUCCUUUCUGGCAUUGUUUAUUUGCAGGUUACGGUUCCCAGUAACCGCCGCGCAGUCGCCAAGCCCCUGUCUUUGCCUCCUCCUUCUCCUCUUCACCUCCAAACCUUCCACCCUUCUCUCAGAAAAAGGUCAGGGUUUGAGUAUAAAGAAUCUGAAUAUGUUUUAACGGUGGCUUUUAUGGUGGUCUGGUGAGACACUGAAACAUCUUGUUUUUGUUGAAUUUGAAGUUUGGGAUUCUGUGGUUUUGGGUUCUUGGAGUGAUGGGUUCAAUGGCAGAAGAUAGGGAGGUGAGAUGGGUACAGUUUCAGAGAGAUGCCAUUUUCAAAUACCCUCCACCUCCAUCUCCAUAUUGGGCUAGUGGGAACAUUCAGAGACAGAUAAACCCCCCACCUUCUGGGAACAAAAUCACUCCUGCAGUGCUUUUCAUCAUAGUGAUAGUAGCAGUUCUGUUCUUUGUUUCUGGUCUGCUUCACUUGCUUGUUAGAUUUCUUGUCAAGAAUCCUUCAGCCCGGUCGGGGCGAAACGCAGAAGUUCCCAGCGCAGAUGCCCUUCAGAGACAAUUGCAGCAGCUCUUCCAUCUCCAUGACUCUGGCGUGGACCAGGCUUUCAUUGAUGCUUUGCCAGUUUUUAUUUACAGAGAAAUCGUGGGUCCAAAAGAGCCGUUUGAUUGUGCCGUUUGUUUAAGUGAAUUUCUAGAGAAAGAUAAGCUAAGAUUGCUGCCUAUGUGUGGCCAUGCUUUCCACAUCAAUUGUAUAGAUACUUGGCUCUUGACUAACUCCACUUGCCCCCUCUGCAGAGGAACCCUCUUCAACCCUGGGUUCUCAAUCGAAAACCCCAUGUUUGAUCACGAUGAGCUACUCGAAGAGCCUCGAGACAAUGGCACUUCUGCUGCGCAAAAAGCUGUUGAUUUAGACGAAAUCGUGGUCGAGAAGGGGACUGAGAAGGGGAGUUUUCCUGUGAGACUCGGGAAGUUUCGUAAGCUUAACAAUGGGGAAACUGAAGAAGAUGGUGAGGCUAGCAGUAGUGCUUUGGAUGCUAGAAGAUGCUAUUCAAUGGGCUCAUAUCAAUACGUUGUUGGCGAUGCUAAACUCAGGGUGGCUCUGAAUAAUCUGAGAAAUGGCAGAGAUGUGGAAAAGCUUGUGAAACCAAGAGAUAAUCAGGAUAACAAUCCAGAUAAUACAGUGGAGGGAGAGGGGAAAAGAUUAAGUAUUGGAACCAAAACUGAUAGUUUCUCCAUUUCCAAGAUUUGGCUUUGGUCAAAGAAAGGGAAAUUUGGUUCUUCAGACUCUCAUGUCUGAUAUCCGGCGUCAAUAGUAUCCGAUACAAUCACUAAUCACCUCAAGUUUCAAGAACUUAUUUUCGGUGUUUGGUAUCUAGUGUCGAUUGUACCUGAUAUAAUCAUACUAAUCACCGCAAGUUUCAAGAACAUAUGUUCGGUAUUUGGUAUGUAGUGUCGAUUGUACCUGAUAUAAUCAUACUGAUCACUACAAGUUUUAAGAAUAUCGUUUACCUAGGAAGAAUGAUUUGCUGGCAUAUCUUUCACAACUUUUGCAGUGUUUCUAAGUUGGCGCCAUUACAAAACUCA